UGAUUGAUAAUAAAUUUCAAUCCCUUGUAUGUAAAACUGUUGAGUACUUUUAUAAUUCAAAUAGUAGGGCUAAAGUUAUGCGAAUAGGAUAUGAGUUAUUACAGCAGGCUUAUACAAGUACAGUAGAAGCAGGCAUAUCUUUUGAAAAGACUAAUCAUUUUGAUACAGUUAUAGAUAUUACAAAUAUUGUAACUCCAGUUAAUGUUAAAGCCUUUAUUCAGAUAAUAUUUCAGAUUCGUUAUAAAAAUAUUCAUAAUGAAUUCGAAAGUACUAGGCCUAAUUAUUUGCCUAUAGCAAUAAAAGGCAUCAAAACAGAUUUUGAUGCAGUUGCUACUUCUCAGAAUCUUGAUUCUGAAGAAGCUGAAAAUCUUAAGUUUGACUAA